CUAGCACGUACUUGACAAGGGACCAAAGGAAAGAGGCAGUUGAGAGAGUAAGGGAACAAGACAAAGAGAGAGGGGCUGUCCUUAUUUGCUCUUCAGUGUGGGGGUGUAGGGCGCUCGUGGGAGGAGGCAGAAAACAGAGAGAGAGAGAGAGAGAGAAUGAGAGAGAGAGAGAGAGAAACAAAGUUAGAGGAACAGAGAGAAUAAGUGAGAGACAGGCUCUAAGGCAGUCAGACGAAGAGAGGGGUUGGCAGUCAAGGGAAGCUCAACUCAUCUCCAAUUCCCUGCUACAGUAAGUGACCAUGUGGCUGGGGUGGAAUAUUGUCUGGCUCGGGGCCCUUCUCAUUGGCCUAAAUGGGACCGUAGCCUGGGCAUCUGACAUCCAGCACCACCGCUAUGAGGAGUUAGUGCGGGCCCUGUUCGUAGUGCAGAGCGAGUGCCCAUACAUCACACGGAUCUACAGCAUUGGGCGCAGUGUGGAGGGACGCCACCUCUAUGUACUGGAGUUCAGUGAUACCCCAGGCAUCCACGAAGCAAUGGAGCCCGAGUUCAAGUAUGUGGGGAACAUGCACGGGAACGAGGUGCUGGGUCGGGAGCUGCUGAUCCAGCUCUCCCAGUUCCUAUGUGAGGAAUACCGGGCCGGAAACCAGAGGAUCACACGCCUCAUCCAUGACACGCGCAUCCACAUCCUGCCUACCAUGAACCCAGAUGGUUAUGAAGUGGCUGCCAAGCAGGGUCCUGAGUUCAAUGGCUACCUAGUUGGGCGAGGCAACUCCAGGGAGGUGGACCUGAACCGGAAUUUUCCAGACCUGAACGCUCUCAUGUACUACUAUGAGAAGACUAAUGGUCGGAACCAUCACCUGCCCCUGCCUGAUAACUGGGAGCAUCAGGUUGAACUGGAGACACUGGCAGUGAUAAAGUGGAUGCAGAACUAUAACUUUGUUCUGUCUGCUAACCUGCAUGGUGGGGCAGUGGUGGCCAACUACCCCUUUGACAAGUCAAGAGACCCCCGAAUCAGAGGCAAGACUACAUACGCCACAACCCCAGAUGACAAGAUAUUCAAGAAGUUGGCCAGGACGUAUUCGUAUGCCCAUAGUUGGAUGCAUAAGGGGUGGAACUGUGGAGAUUUUUUUGAUGAAGGGAUCACCAAUGGAGCCAGUUGGUAUUCUCUGUCCAAAGGAAUCUUGGAGUGUUAUGAUUCAAACGAACUGAGGAGCUGUUUCUGCAAGGACAGGACGUACUUCUGGACGGAGGGAGAGGAACCAAAAACCUACAGUCAUCUCAUUGGUCUCCCAGUAGAGGCUGGCACAGGAAUGCAGGACUUUAACUACCUAUACACCAACUGCUUUGAGAUCACUCUGGAACUCAGCUGUGACAAGUUCCCCCCGGCAUCAGCCCUGUCAAGAGAAUGGCUGGGCAACAGAGAGGCCCUGAUCUCCUUCCUGGAGCAGGUGCAUCAUGGGAUCAAAGGAAUGGUGUAUGAUAACAACAACAACCCAAUCGGCAACGCAGAGAUUUCAGUAGCUGGUAUCAACCACGAUGUGACCACUGGUGUGGAUGGAGACUACUUCAGAUUGCUGUUACCAGGCACCUACACUGUGACAGCAUCAACAUCAGGAUACUUGCCCUCUACCAGCACGGUGACAGUGGGACCUGCUGAGGCUAUACAGUUGCACUUUUACCUGAAAGUGGCACCAAAAGACACAAAUCUGACACAGUCCCACCACAGCAAGAAAAACCUCUCCUCAGCUAAGGUGGGCCCAAGAUGAGACAUGGGUGUGAGAUAAACAAAGAACACGCCCACAUGUCCACGCAGAGGGAACAAUUGACAAUGUCUAAUAAAUGUCACUUAAAGAUACACCUAUUUUGUAAGCCUGAUUUACUCCUGAUUUGUACUGUAUGAGCGCUAUAAUUUUGAUUUUCAAGGACAGUUUUCAUGUUCACAUUUUGAGUAAAAAGAAUACAUAGAUUUCCAGUAAUUUCAUGAAAUGAAUCAACAAUAAAAGGUGGUGAAUGCUUUACUUUAAUUAUUAGUCAUUGAAAUUGAUGUGCAAAAAUAUCUAUAUAGCAGCAUAGCACAUCAUUUCAAUACUAUAAAGAUAAACAAUUAUUUAAAUAUAAAAAUAAAGAUGAAUUGUUUAAAUAAUUGGUUUUAUGAAAUAUGAUAUCUUACAUUGUGAUACUAGCUUUAAUUAAUUAAAGGAAUACUACACUCA